GUGCAAUCUUAGAACAUUUUACCGUGCAACUGGGCGAAAGUAAUGAUACCAAAUUGAAAGAGCACCGUCAUCUAGUGACAAGUCCUACAGUGAAUGCCUUUUUAAUUUUGUUGUAUUAUAAAACCAUGUAUUUCCGGUUUGUAGAUACAGAUGGCGCUUGUUGCUGUUAGCCGACUAAGUUGAAAGUACGGUUUUAGUUCAUUACAGCUGUAGUGACGAAGUGACCAUUUUAUUCUUGAAUCAUUAUAAUCCGUAUGGUGGAUGCUAAAUGUUACCAUUCAAAAAAAAAAAAAAUUUUAGUAGUUUUAUGUUAUCAUCAUUGUAUAUAUUUUGAGAUAUAGUUUAAACAAAUAAAUUAUAAAAACUGCCAUAAUUUUAAUUUAAUUUAAAACAGUAAAAACUUGAUCUAAAUAAUUAACAAAAUUCGCGUCGUAGUAGUUAUUUUGUACUUUUUACUUGCAGUAAUGAAACAAGCUGUCAACAAUCAAUGGCGGUCUGUCUGUCGUUAGUGCCGGUUGUUUUUGUUGAUAAAUUCAUCAAUUUAUAACCUAGUGCUUCUCCGAAUCUCCGUAAUUCUUCAAGUUGAGCCACUGCUCCUUGGGUUUACGUCGAGUGUUUUCAUCAAACUAGUGCUUCUCCGUGAAUUCGUUGAGUUGAGCCCUUGCUCCUCACGAUUAGCGUCGAGUGUUUGUUCUAGUAUUUUUCGAGAUAGAGACUCUGAGACUAUAGUGCUUCUAAGUGACAUUACCAUGUCUAGUAAACGUUGUUGUGUUCCUCAGUGUGUGGAAGUCGAAGGCUCUUACAGAGUUCUUCAUUGGUUUCCAAACCCUGAUAAGGACAUUGCUCGUUUCCGAACAUGGGUUCAUGCUAUUGGAGGAGAAAUUUUGAGUCUGAGCAAUGAAAAUAUUUAUAAACUUCGUCGAGUUUGUCAUGCUCAUUUCGAAGAGAAAUAUUGUUGCCGUUACAACAAAAUUUCUAACAUAGCUGUUCCAACAUUACAUAUGCCAGGACCUUUAUCAAAAUUUAUCUGCACUGAUAGAAAACCAUUGAGGGAAGUUGAAAAUUUACCUUCUACUUCAAAACAUAAGAUUAAUGUAUGA